GUUAUAGAAGGUUCUGUAACAUAUGAUUUUGGUUUUGUUUUGUUUUCAAAUUAAUUUUAGCGUUACAUUUUUAAAGAAAAUUAUUUUUAAAAUAUUUGUAAUGAUUUUCGUUGCCCAAAUUUUGUUUUUGUUAAUUCACCUUUCACCAUCUGAGCAAACUCCAGAACUGAUACAAAGCACACCUUUUUCAUGUAAAGAGAUCAGGGCAGUACUUCAUUUCCACAAUAAAAAAAGAAAUGAUAUAGCAUUUGGAAAGACAAAACUAAAAGGAGGAAAAAACAUUUGGCAACUGAAAUGGGAUGAGAAGCUAGCAGAUGUUGCAUAUAAAUAUGUCCAACGUUGUGAAAUAGAGCAUAACAAUAAUAGACCAAAUGAUACGGGUGAAAAUAUUGCUUGGCGGAAAUCUGCUAAUGAAAUUCAGAAACCAGUAUCAGACAUGACCGAAAUGAUGGAAGAGUGGUAUAAUGAAAUUGAGGUUUAUGAAGAGAAUGGAAAAGAUAAUCAAUCUUCGAGUAAUUUUACACAGAUGAUUUGGGCAGCUACAAAGUUUGUCGGAUGUGGAUUUGUAUAUUAUGUUGAGCGAACUGAAUAUCCACUAUCCCCAUAUUGUCAAAUGUUAAUCUGCAAUUACAGACCAAGUGGCAAUGUUGCUGGUGAAGAUAUGUAUACUAAACAUGAUGAAGCAAUAGAAAAAUGUGACAUUGGAGUUCCUUCUUGGGAGUUUGAAGCCCUUUGUGCUCAUGAUGCAAAGCAUGCCAGAACUAAGGAUUUCUGCUUGGGCGAUUUUGAUUCUGAAGUUAACAAUCCCUUUACAUGUGAAGAAAUCGUGGCAUCACUUAAGUAUCAUAAUGAAGUAAGAAAUAAUGUUUCGCUUGGAAAGACAAUACUAAAUCCAGCUAAAAACAUGUGGCAACUUAAAUGGGAUAAGAAGCUUGAAGAAAUGGCACAAAAUUUUGUCAAAAAAUGUGAAUUUAAGCAUAACGAUAAUAGACCUAUUGAUGCUGGUGAAAAUUUGGCUAUGAAGGCAUUCCCUAAUAGCUUAAAAUCACUUGAUCCCGUCGAAAUGAUGGAUAUGUGGUACACUGAAUAUUAUAACUAUGGUAGAAAGAAUGGAACCACUGCUCAUUUUACACAGUUGAUUUGGGGAAGUACCAAGUUUGUUGGAUGUGGAAUAGCACACUUUUUGGAUAAGGCAGGCAAUCCAUCUUAUCCAUACCAUACAAUGUUGGUGUGCAAUUAUAGACCAGCUGGAAAUUUAGCCGGUGCCCACAUGUAUGAUAAAUUUCUUAAUGGUUCGAAAAGUUGUGAUGUUGGAGUUUCUUCUCAACUGUAUAAAGGCCUUUGUGCUCAUGAUGAAGAGCACGCCAAAUCAGGGGAUACAUGUUCUUAAGUUCACCUGAGGAAAUCAAGCCUUGAAAUUAAGAUUUUCACUUCAUUGGAAUUCUUAUCUGCCGUAAAUCCAUUGAAAGUUUGGUUUCAAAAUUUGUCAUGAUCACAAUACUUCCUCUUAUCAUAUAAUUAAAAUACUGGGAAGUCAUAAAGAAUAUGAUGAAUUGUUUGUCUGACGCAGUGUCACAUAUCAAAGUUCAUCGAAUUAAACUGUUUUAAAUGAA